AUGACUCGAUCAUUAUUCCUCAAACAAGCGCAAGAAUUUCUUCUUUCCUGGGCCCGAUGUGUUGAAUUUAUCCCUGAUCUGGAAGAAAUAACCUCUAUCGCUGACGAUUUCUAUCCAAAACUAUUGUCAGAAAGCGACGAAAAUGACAUCGGAAUCGCCCAUUUGAUUUGUACUUCCGGACCUGAAUGGCUCCUGGAAAUAAUCAUCAAGCACCCGGGACUGUAUCUUGGACCAGAUCGCGAAAAUGGCUGGAAUCCUGCACAUAGAGCCGCUUACUUUGGAAACAUGCGCGCUCUCAAGACUUUAUAUACUUUCGACAAGAAGCUUUUUCAUCUUACAGAUUUCACAGGAGCCACUGCUGUCGAUUUUCUGACCGAGCAGAGUCUUACUCACUGUGAUUACGAGACGAGCAGAAGACAACUACAGACAUGGGGGCAGAAUCAAAACUAUACGCUAGGAAGUUCUUCCGAAGCAGCAAGAAGGUACCCCGACAUCAUCCAGUUGCCAAAGAACACGGUCGUCGUCCACGCCAGUUUCUCCAAGUUCCAUGGAAUCUGCCUCGACUCGCUAGGGAAGGUCUAUUCUUGGGGCGUUCAAUCCAACCAAAAAGGUCGCCUAGGUUAUCCAUCUCCACCGGCUGUUCUCAAUCCAAAGCGAAUCAUAUUUCCUGAAGCAGUAAAGAUCUCCUACGUCGCGACCAGCGAUAACCAUUCCGUCUUGAUUAGCGACAACGGCAGAGCGUAUGUCUUUGGAUCCAAUUCUCACGGACAGCUGGGCCUCGGCGCUGAUACUCAGUUUGUCGAAUCUCCACGGUUGGUGCAUGUGAUGAAUAGAAAAGCAAAAGUUCAAAACUUCACAAAAGCCGCUGCGGGAGUUUUUCAUUCAGCUCUUAUCAAUGGAAACGAUGUCUACACAUGUGGACGAGAUAUUGGCCAGCUCGGACAUGGAUUGAUUAACAAGAAGUACGAUGUUUUCACUAAGAUCGCCUCUCUUGAAGAUUGUGGAGAAAUCACGAAAGUAGUGUCUACCGAUGCUGCUAUUGCAGUUCUAGCGUCACGUUCAUUCACCUCUCAAGAUGGAAGAAAAUCGGGAGAUGUUUGGCUGAUUGAAAACGGGGAUUCGCGGAAGGUGCUAAAAGUCGAUGGAAUCAUUGAAAUGUCGAUAUCUGGAGGGAGGACGAAAAAGUCAGCUGACUGUAGUUGGCGAAGCUCUGAACCGAGUAUCGUUGUCUUGAGCAGAGUUCAGGCAGCGAAGAAUCGGCAAUACGGAUAUAUACACAUCUGGAAGCCGAGCUUUGGCUAUUUCAGUCCGAGAUCAAUUUGCUUCAACGAUCCGCCACCAGGAAUCUUUCCAAUCGUAUCUGCCUCCAUCUUUGAAUGCGGCGAGAGGAUCCUUCUGGCUGGAAACGACGGUCAAUGCUAUAUCGCAAAAUACUCAAAAGAAAAGGUUGAAAAGUACGAUGCCGCGUAUAUUGACAAAAGAGUAAAAGAGAAUCAAAAGUCCAUUUGCUUCUACAUUCAAGCUGAAAUGAAAGACCCGAAACCAGCGGAUAUCUACGAGUUAGAAAGAAUUCAUGGGGCAUCACAUGUUUCAAAAGUUUUUGCAGAAGAGAAUGGAAGGACUUUUGCGCUUCUCCGAGCUCUUCCAAAAGUUGGAAAACCGACAGAAAAUGAUCUAGAGGAAGCUCAGUCGUGUGAUUUGGUUGAUGAUUUACUGGGAUAUUAUAAAAGCGGAGGUAGUGGUGGAGAUUUGAUUCUUAACUUUCAAUUCUUCGUCGAUAAGGAUUUGUUCCUUCUUCGUUUUGGAGACAAAGAUUUGAGCAAUGAAGAUAUCUCUGAGGAAGAUAUUUGGAAAAUCUAUCAUAAUGUGCCUAUCUCAUCCGGAGCUCUUGAAUCACCGCCCGUGGAAUUAAGAAGGCUACCAGAAAACGUGACAAUUAAAUGUAUCGAUGGAGAAAUUAAGGCUAACAAUCUCAUCCUCCUCGCUAGAUCUGAAUACUUCCGGGCAAUGUUUGGUGCUGGCGUCUCUUGGAAAGAAAGCAGCUCGCUCGAAGUUGAGCUCGAGGUGCAGCUGGAGAUAAUGCGCAGCUUUAUCGAGUUUUGCUACACGGAUGAGCUUCCCUCAGCAUCAGAGUCUAUUGGACAACUAUUGGUGCUUUCUGAUCGCUUUCUCGCGCAAUCAUUGAGGUCAAAAUGUGAGAAUGCUCUGGCGAUCGUUUUGAAUACAGAAAUUUGUCCGAAGUUGGCGAUGAGCUUGUUCGGUUUCGCUCUGGAAACUGGUGCUCAUUAUUUAGCGUCUAAAUGUGCGAAGAUCCUGGUACCAAAUCUUGUAGUUCUCUUAGAAACUGGCGGCCUGGAUGCUUUGUCCCUCGACGAACUAGAGGCUCUCAGCGCAUUCUAUCAAGAAGAAGUCUUCGCGCAAGUAGAGAGAAAGAUGAAUGAAAACGACGAGUUGGAACUUUCGAAUCCUGAAAUACUUCAACAACUAGUCAGAGAAUGCAAGCUUCUAAUGAAAUCGCCGAAAUCACGGAGACCAAGUCGAAAAAUCUCCGAGAAAUCUGACAUCUCCGCAAAUUCUCCGCUAACGCCGCUGAAAGAGCUGUCUGAAAGUCUCGAAAGCACUUCAAUCACUCCAAAAAGUAAAUCUCGUCCACAGCGUACACGACUAGAUUUGACUUCGCCCUCUCCUCAGCGAAUCUUAUCUCCUACCUCGCCGAAAAGCUGGGGUGAUAUCACUUCCCCACGGACUCCAAGUGGCAGCUUUUCGCUGAGAGACAUUAUCGAAGAAGAUGCAAAGACCACGACUCCUACAAGGCCCGUGAAAAUCAAAGGAGCCUUUACUCCUAUCAGGCGAAAACACGCCAAGGGCCAAGACUUGGUUCGUGAAGAACGCGAGCGAGCUCAACAAGCAGCUUCUUUUUCUCCUCAAUCUCCAUGGGGAAAAGCGCGGCCUGUCAAGAUCCAAGACCCAUGCAUUGGCGAUCCCUUUCCUUCUCCGAGCACUUCAUUCACCGUCAAAUCUCCUAGCCAGCUAACUUCCUCGCCGGUUGUUUCAAAUACAGAUCGACUCGAUGAAAUCAUCAGAAAACAAUCAGCUGCAGAGCAAAAUCGAAAGAAGGUCAAAUCAAAGUCAUUGAAAACUAUCAAUAUAGAAGAGCGAGCAAUAGAAGAAUUAAAAGCAAUGUACGCAGAAAAAUUUCCUUACGACAUCAUUACUGUCAAACGUGCGCAUCUCGAUGUCAGCGCGCCUGUUUGGACAAAAUCCUGA